UCUACGUAACGCUGGUAACACGCAGUUAACUGUCACACUCGUAGAAAAGUAGAUUUUGCGAUUGCAAUUAAUAUUAGAUUUUGUUAAUAUGUGGUACGAGAUUAUUCCUAGUUUCGCCAUAAUAACAGCUGGUCUUGGUGUACCAGGAUGGGCACUGUAUCACAUUCACAAUUUAACACUAGGAAACCACCACAAACGCAGUGUUGACACAUUUUGGCAGCGCAGAAUAUACCAAAGAGACAUGAGGAUUACCGGGAGCCCAUAUGUAGUUAAUGGAUUGGACUCGCUGCCCGACAAAUAAAUGAAACAUGCGAAAAAUAUGUGUAAAUGGUUAAAUUAAAUAUUAAAGAAAAUAUAGAAUAGA